UUAUGUUAAUUAUAAUUAAUAAUCAUUGUUUUUUUUCUUAUGUUUAAUGCAUGUUCGAGAUUUUGUAAAGAAAUGCAACAAAUCGGUAUUUUCUAAUAACGAAUAAUCGUUUAAUCUACACAAUAAAAUCGAUGUUUUAUCUUAAUUCAUAUAUUUGGAAGAUUUUUUAGUUGUAUUAAAACAGGUUUACAAAAUCUGCUUAUAUUUACAUAAUUAAUGUGACGAAAUACAGUUUUAGGUACCUAAAUAGUCAUUAACAAAGGUUAAUCUUUAAGUACGACAUUUUAUUAACCAAAAAUGGCAACAAACAACAUCUAUCUAUGCUCCGCGAGUGUGCGCGGAGAAAAUUAAGAAAAAAUAAAAAGAAAAGAAAUGGCAGUUACUAGAGAGAAAGAAAAUUGUUCAAGAAAAAUUAAUGGAAAUAUACCUGCGUUAUCUCUCAACAGUGAUAAUAUGUCGACAUCCACAGACAGUGACGACGUAGCGGAUCCGACAUAUGAAAUUAGGAACAUAAAAAAUAUUAUAAAUGUGACCCGUGAAAACAUUGAUGCUUUAAAUGCAAAAUUUGCUGGUUUGCAGCAUCCACCUUCCUUGUAUUUGUCGGAAUAUCAGGAGUUGACUGCAAAGUUGCAUAAUUUAGAACAGACGUUGCGUGAACGGUUACAAAGUGAUUCGCCGGACAGGAGCGAGGAAUACUCUUGGCAGGAUGACUCGAAAAAGUACGACACACUUACUCGGCAGCCGAAGGUUUUUCUCAGGGCUCACCUGCCGAAUCAGCAGCGUACGAGCGUGCAGGUGAAAGAAGGGGUGACGCUGCGAGAGGCGCUCAUGAAAGCGCUGAAGCUCCGUAAUUUAACUUGUGAAAUCUGCGAAGUGGUUAGGACAGGCAAUAAUGAAGUUAUACCCUGGGACAUCGACAUUAUGAUGAUCGAUGCGGAGGAGGUGACGGUCAGAAUCCUAGACAAGCUGCCAAUAAUGUCUCAUAUGUCGCACCAGUUUACACGUAAAACAUUUUUCACAUUGGCAUUCUGUGAGUGCUGUCGGAGGCUUCUCUUCAACGGCUUCUACUGUUCACAGUGUAAUUUCAAGUUCCAUCAACGUUGUGCCGACAAAGUGCCGAGUAUUUGUCAUCAGGUUCGAAUGACAGAUACAUACUAUGCAGCACUACUCGCUAAAAAUCCAGAGACUCAGGCAGGAAUAUUGUAUCUACCAUCACAUUUUAGCUACCAUCAAAAUAAGCAACAACACCCCCGUUCUCUCAAUCAACAAGACAGAUCAAACUCGGCUCCCAAUGUUUGCAUCAACAUGGUACAGAGACCGAUGACGUUAGCAGAACAUCAGCGGAAACAGAAUCAGAGUAACAACUCGCCCCAGUCAUCAAAUUAUUUAACGUCGAGUCGACAUAAUAAGGACGACAAGGACAAGGGUGACCAACAGCAGAGUCAAAGUACCCAAGCGUCCCCGACGGGCACGCUGCGGCCGCGGCGGGCGCGCGCGCGCUCCGCCGACGAGUCGUGGAAGCACGCGCUGUCGCCGCGCGAGAGCUACGACGACUGGGUCAUACACGCCGACGAGAUCCUCAUCGGCGCACGCAUAGGUUCGGGAAGCUUCGGGACGGUGUACAAGGCGCACUGGCACGGACCGGUCGCGGUAAAGACGCUCAACGUGAAGACACCGACGCCUGCGCAACUGCAGGCCUUCAAGAACGAGGUGGCCGUGCUGCGCAAGACGCGGCACUGCAACAUCCUGCUGUUCAUGGGCUGCGUGUCGAAGCCGUCGCUGGCCAUCGUGACGCAGUGGUGCGAGGGCUCGUCGCUGUACCAGCACCUGCACGUGCUGGAGACGCCGCUGCCCAUGCUGCACCUCAUCGACGUGGCGCGCCAGACGGCGCAGGGCAUGGACUACCUGCACGCCAAGAACAUCAUUCACAGGGACUUGAAAUCAAAUAACAUAUUCUUAAGAGACGAUUGGUCAGUCAAAAUAGGCGACUUCGGUCUUGCUACGGCCAAAGUGCGGUGGUCAGACUCGUCGACGCUGGGCGGCGUGCAGUGGCAGCAGCCCACGGGCUCCAUCCUGUGGAUGGCGCCCGAGGUCAUCCGCAUGGACGAGCCGGCGCCCUACACCUUCCGCUCCGACGUGUACGCGUACGGCGUGGUGCUGUUCGAGCUCAUGGCCGGCGAGCUGCCCUACUCGCACCUCAACAACAAGGACCAGAUUCUAUGGAUGGUCGGACGCGGAUUGCUGCGACCAGACAUCCGCCGCUUACGUCAGGACGCUCCGCAAGCCCUAAAGCGACUCUUCGAAGACUGUAUAAAAUUCGACCGGGAGCAACGACCUUUGUUCCGGCAGAUCCUGGCAUCUUUGGAGUCCAUGCUACGCGCAAUGCCCAAAAUAACUCGCAGUGCCUCAGAGCCUAGCCUAAACCGGCAAUUGCAUGCCUCCGACGAUUAUCUGAGUUACAGCUGUGCGUCCCCCAAGACGCCUGUCAACUUUCAGUUCAAUACCGACACUAACUUUCCUGCCUUUUAUGGCAUCCCAGUGCCUAACCAGCGACACGCUUGAACCGCCGGCGUCGGCGCGUCGAUCUCAACGUUCUCAUAUAAUUUAUUUAUUUAUAAACUAUUUAUACACACCGAGAUCUCAUCCGUUGGUUGUUUAUAUGUAUCAUAUGAAACAAACUAUAUUAACGAAAAUGUAAUAUUUUUAUUAACGAUAUUUUUGAUAGUUUGACUUGCACGAAACUUCGAGAUUGUUUACUGAUAAUAUGACGAGGGGAUGGCGAACUGAAGCGAGUAAAGUCGGGUGACCGGUAUAUGUUCCGCUGAUGCCGUUUAAUUCGGAGCCUUAUAAACGUUAUACAGUACCGCGCGUGCGCGCCUCUAGUUGUAAUGUUUGUAAAUAAAUAAAGAGCAAUUAUUAAUGUAUGAUUAUACCUGAACGCUUUAACGACUGCUUACUGUGAGUGGGUUUGAGGCCGCGGGUGACAUUUUUCGUCUACGUGUUAAGGUCGGUGGUCGUCGAACCACGGUAUAUUCGGUUAUCGCAAGACGCAAAAAAAUAAAUAGUGCCUUCCCGAAAAUACUUAAGUCGAGGAUCAGUGAAGUAUUUGUUAAGGAGCGUGUUUCAGCUAUUUAUUAGUAUCGAAUAAAUUCUAAAGUUUUAUAUAUUUUUUCGUGGACAUUGAUUAGGUGUUAUUAUCGUUUCGAUGGUAAUGAGUUGUCAAGUGGCUCUGAACUGAUGAAUUCUUAAACUCCGGGCGUCGUCUGGUUGGGAGUGGCAUCCACGGACGAAAAUACGGUGCGAUUUGUGUUAUUGUUUAGGCAAUAAGAAAUGCGAGACGUGUAAAUUAAAAGUAUUAAUUGUAAAAAUUAGCUGCGAAUGUAACGUCACCGAAUAUAAUUUAUUCGUAAUCGUAUCAAUUGUAAAUAAAUUAUUGUAAUUAUCUUAGCUUUAUGUCGGUAUAAGAACCUUGUGUAUACAUAAAUUUAAUGCAUAAUUAUUGUAAGGACACAAUAAAUUAUUGUUUCAAUUUAAAA